AUGUAUAUUUGUAUAAUAUGUACUUCCAAAAAUAAUUUUACAACAAAAUGCGGUUGUCACUUUUGUUUGCUUUGUCUAAUAAAUUGGUUUGAAGAGAAAAAUAAAGAUAAAGCUGUUUAAAUAAUUUAGUGUCCAAAUUAAGAUUGUCCUUUCAGUUAUACUAGGGAUGAAAUCUUAAGUUAUUGUUCUGACUAACCAUAUGAAAGAAUGAUUUAAGAGAUUUUGGUAAAAGAAUACCUAAAAAGUUAAGAUGUUCGUCCAUGCCCAAAUGGAAAAUGCAAAUAUUAUGGAUACAUUGAUUUAUAAAAUAAAUGUGAUGAUGAACUAUAAUGUAUAGAAUGUGGCAUAAAAUGGAGAGAUUUUGCCUUAGCAUCAUUUACUUUUAAAGCAGUAUAUAGGAUUAAAAAUAUCUUUGGAAUCAUUAGAGAAUUUUUUUAUUGUUUUAUUACUGCAAAUGAAUGUCCAAGUUGUGGUGUUUUAAUCUAGAGAAAUGGAGGUUGUAAACACAUGACAUGUAAAGCAUGUGCUCAUUAAUUUUGUUGGUUUUGUAAAUAAUAAUGGGGAAGACAUAAAGAAAUUUAAUGUUUUGGUUAAUAAGCAAUGUUAAAAGGUUUGUUUUUAACAUCUCUAAUUAAUAUGUUACGUCAAUUUGGAGUAUUUUAUUACUUAUUAUAUCUUUUUUAUCCAUUUUUAUGGUUUUUUGAAUUAUUUACUGUUAAUGUAUUAAUAAUUGGAACUUUAGCAAGCAUAUUUGGUUUGUUUAAAUCACUAUUAAAUCUUAAAAAAAGGAGACGUAUUUGUGAAAAUCUACUAGUUUUAAGUGGAUCGAUAUUAUUACUAAUUAUAGAGUAUUAUAUUCUGUAAUUUACAAUUACUUAUUUGGAUAUAACAUUUUGGAAAUAAUUUAUAGGAUUUGCAUUAGAAAUCUCAAUCAUAAUUUUAAUCACAAGUUAUAUAACUAGAAUAGGAUAUAGAUGGAUUUUAGUACCAGUAGUUGGUUUGAUUUUAUUUUAUUAAUGGAAAUUAAAUGGAUUAGCAUUAUUGGUUUGGUAAAUUCCAGUAAUAUUUGGUCAAAGAAAUUUUAUAUCUUAAUUGGAAUUUAAUGUUAUUGCAAUUGGUCUACUAAUUUUAUUCAAUAUUUUUAGUUUGUAAGAAUUAUUGACCUCAACCUCAGUGUAUUUAUUAUUGGGAUCAACAAUAUUUCAAUAUAGAUAGAAUUCACACAAAAUCCAUUUAGUAUUUUUAUUUUUCUUAGUAAUUAACUAUUUUUAUGAAAUAAUAUUUUGUUGA